AUGGUUCAGCACAAGUUAUUGAGGCAUAAAGCUGCGGGACACGAAGGUACAUUGACUGAUGUCGAUGAGCUACUAGUUUUCAAACCUGCCACGUCGCAAGAAUUAGAAUUUUACAGAGCCGUUCAAGAAAGGACGUUUACUGUUGCUAGGGCCGCUGAUGGAGAUGUACCACUUUACUCAUGGAUGCCGACAUUUCUGGGGGUGUUAGAUGAAGGAUUAAGAGAGGUGCCAGAGUCUGCAUGUGCAUUGGGGAGUUCGGAUGUCAAUCUCAAUGGUAUGAUGGUUCCAAAAGGGCCAUCAAAAUCUAGAUACAUUGUACUGGAAAAUUUAUUGCAUGGAUUUCAAAAACCCAAUAUAAUUGAUGUCAAACUGGGUAGAAUUUUGCAUGAUGAGAAUGCAUCAAAUGAAAAGAUCAGUCGAUUGGGACAAGUGAGCAGGACUACAACGUCCGGAUCGUUAGGUUUUAGGAUUUGCGGUAUGAAGAUUCAAAGUAAUUCACAAACAAGGAAGCUGGAACCUAAUCAUUUUGAACCUGCAGGUGAUGAUUAUGUUUUAGUGAAUAAAGAUUUUGGUUACAGUUUGACAGAGCAUAAUAUUAAGGAUGCAUUUAAUAUGUUCUUUAAUCAUGAUGAUCUUUCGCCUAAAAGGAUUCUUCAAUUAAAGCAAACAUUUUUACAAAGGUUACAAUUGCUUUACAAUACGUUACUAGAAGAGGAAGUUAGGAUGAUUUCUAGUAGUCUUUUAUUUAUCUAUGAGGGUGAUGCAAGCCGUUGGGAUGCAUUAGGCGAUCAAGACGCACUGAUACGAGAUACUUUUUUGGAUUCUGAUGAAGAAAGUGAUGAUGAAAUGGAACAAGAUUUACAAAAGACACCAUUAAGUUCUUUAUCGCUAAUCGAUUUUGCACACUCUAAGGUCGUUGAUGGUAAAGGUUACGAUGAAAAUGUUGUUGAUGCUGUUGAAAGUUUGAUGGGGAUGUUUCAAGAACUUUGCAAUUAA